UCCUUAUUGACCUAAAUAACCUAAAAAUAAAUAACCUAAAAAUUCAAUUGUAUUGUCCUACCUACAAUUUCAGUUGGGUAUUUUGCUUUUCCCAUGGAUUUUGUGCUGGCAAGUUCCUGCACUAGGUCUGAAUGGCUGUUAAUGUAGAACAUGUGCGCUGCAAAGCAAUGCCUUUGAGCACAACACUUUUAAUUUGCAUCUUUUAAUCCUUUUCCAGUCUGCCAAAUGACUGAAAUGCAGAUGAGGACAAGGAAGCCUCCCUGCCCAGUAGAAAAAGUGUGGGUAGACAAGCACAAAUAUGAUGAAGCAGAGAGACUGCAUUACGAAAGAGAAGCGAUGCUAGCUGCUGCGGCCCCUGAGGAAUGCCAGGAGGUAGAGGCUGUAAAUGGAGUCUGCAAUGAUGACUCUGUUGAAAGUGAAUUCAAGGGAGACCUGAAGAGAGCAAGGAAUGGAAAGAAACAAAGGAAACGGAAGCGCUCUCCAAAACCCAAAAAUGUUGCCUCCAAGUUAGACUCUAUUCUGACUGGUUUGUUAGCUGACCACGUGUGGUUUGACAAACCUUUCUAUGAUCAUGCUGAGAACGUGUACAGGAAAAAAAUAGUGGAUUGUCAAAACCAGGAGGUACCUGAGACUGCACUAACUGCUGAGCAGUCCCCUUUAGUGGCCAGGUCAAAAGCUGUCCAAGAUAUUCCUAAGCCAAGGAUGCUUUCAGCAGUCCUGCUCUGCUCCCAUGGUAGUCUGUCUGCAUGUCACCAUGUUGUUCAGGAUGUCUGGGUCAACAAGUUUGACUUUGAUAAGGCCGAGGAGGUGUUUAUCGAAAAAUCGCAGUUCUUUCUUCCUCCAAAUGUCCUAACCAUCCCGUCUGUGUGGUCAAACACUGGCAACGUUGGGCUGAGAACGCCGGAUGAGGGCUAUGUUACAGCCCUGCCUACUCCUGCUACGCCAAGCUUAGCUCCAGACGUCGUUGCUGAUUCUGCUUCUUCCUUCAUUACCAGUUUGCCUGGCUCUGUACACCAGACGGUAAAUGGUAAGCCACAGAUUUCAAGCUUGCAGGCUCUCAUGUCAGAGGUGUGGUUAGAAAAACCUCUUUAUGAUGAUGCUGAGAAGAGCUUCUAUGAGAACAUGUUUGACGGUCAUCCAUCAGGCAAAGUCAGACAGCAGCAACGCGGCUGCCCUGAAGCAUUGAAGAACAACUAUGAGGACAGCAAGAACCCUGGUGUUGGACAGCAAACGGGCAUCAAACACGAGGACAUCGCCACCAACUCUCUGCUUCCCAGUGAUGCUGAGCAACCUCCGCCUACCUACUUUUUUCUGCAUGAGGACAGUGAAACUGUGUGGCUUAAUAAGCCGACGUAUGACAGUGCUGAGUCACGAUACUAUGCAGCCGAGGCUCUGAAAAUGUCAAGAGCAGGAGAGAGUACGGGGAUGCAGGAAUCUGCAGUAGUAAAACCCUCCCAACCAGCUGCUUAUGCUUCAAGCAUACCUGCACCAGAAACAAAGUAGGAGAAGUUUAUUCUGGGGUAAAACUCACACAUGCAAAACUGCCGGGUCAGGAUUGAGCUGAAAAAAUUUGCAUGUGUAGAAGACGGGCGUCCUUUGUGUCUGCAGGACCAUGCAUGCUGCUGUAGGGAGAUGCUGCUCCUGAGCCAGGGAGCCUGUUUGUGGGCAGGGUAACUGUGGGGGGAAAACUACUUCAAGGAACCCCCUUCUCUUGGUGAAUGCUGGUGUCUAAAGGUAGUAUUUGUGUGGUGCCAGAGGUUAAGGAUUUAAAGUCAGGGCUGGUAAGUCAGCUAAGGUUUGACCCUCUCUUCACAUGGAGGGGAGCCUGAGGCUAUGCUAGUUGAGCAGGAGGAGUGCAUUCUCAAAUUGUAGAUGACCUUCAUAGUUGUAAUUUAUAAAUCAGGUUACAGACAAUCAUUUCAAGGCUUCUUUUUAAGUCCUGGACGAGGUGUGGUAUGAUACUGCGCUUUCUGCAUUAAAAUGCUUUUAUAUAUGACUGCCUGAAGUCUGCACGGAAGGCUGGGAGCCUGUCCGAAGGCCAGUGCUUAAAUGUUGUUUUGCAGUGACUGAUGUUCUUGGAACAUCAGUCCUUAUUUCCGACACUUUUGAUCCUUGAGUUUCUUAGGAUUUGCUGGAAAGUUUUAAGAUCUUUGUCAAGUGUUAGAGACAAGCUUUAGAGCACACAUGCCUUUCACCCUGUCCUGUUUGGGAUAAUUUUCUCUGUCAUUGGACAGAACGAGAUAUUUGGUCAUUCCUUUCACCCUUCCCCAGGAAAGUCCAUGUGUCAUUGUAAAAUACAUGGCAUAAGUUUGUCUCUAACUGGGAUUCUCUAUUAAUGACACUGGUUGGCAGCUCAAGCAGGGUCUUGGAGGGUUGAGUGCUGGGAAUGGCUUUGAUGUAGAGGACCUGUAUGCUAUGGUGGCCUCUGGUCUCUUCUGAAUGGUUAGGUGAGGAGGGCUCAUCUGUUGGCCUCCAUGGAAGUGUUUUACUGUAAAGCUGUGGGGUUUUGAGCUGACAAGGAAAGGGUUUGUGUUUUGCUAUAAGUUGCGUGGUAGAACCUGGUAGUGGUGUGGUUUCAUUGUGAUGCUCUGUCCCUGCUCUCACUGCCUCCUCAAACUGGUCUUGGCUCUGUUAGCUGUCCCCUGGCUCGAAAUAAGGUCACAUCCUGUUCUCAUACUGUUGUGAGGGCUCCAUCAUUUGUCUUCAAGUUAAGUUAACCUUUGGAAGCUGCUGCACUGAAGAAAAAUAAUGUACACCAUUUUCACAGCAGCGUUAGGAUGUUUUACGCUGUUCCUCUGUGUAGUGACAGGUGUCUGUCCCUUGCAACUGAUGAUUUUAAUUUCUAAACAUUUGCAGCAGCUUCCAAAAGGGCACGUGUGCAGAUAGUUGUGGUUCCAUUGUAAACUGUGUGUGUAUCUGGGUUCCUGGAGGCUGAUGGGUGUCAGGCAGUGUGCUGUGCCAGGCUGUUCCUUACAGGAGGAUUCGGUGGUGCAUCUAGUGAAGCAUGGCGUGACCAGGUAGAGACGUUCACUAGCCAACAGCCGUUGUCAACACAGUUGAGUUGUGUUCAAGGAAGACUGAAAUGUGUUUAAAUUAGUGAGCUGUAGUGUUGGGAGUCACCUGUCACAGAGUGCUCCCUCGUUGGCACGCUGUAGCGUGGCACGUG